CUUGACCACGCUGUGCUACGUGUGGCUCUUCUGGUUGCACUUUCGACACACUGCAUUAAAGGAGGUCACUGUGGCUGGGAGAGUGUUUGGUUGGUGUAAUAAAGAAGGGCGCAUAUUGUCGAGGAAUAGCAGAUCUCGGAUAGCGGAUCGGAUUGCCAAAGUUUACGGCGCGUCAGACUUUCCCGGCGACGCAGAAAAAUUGGGAUCUGAACUCUCUCUAAAAACUGGAAUUUCAGCAGCAGUUAUAAUAAUAGAGUGCAUUUAAGCCGAACGCACAACUUAGAGGAAAGCGCAAAGUAAACAGAGUGUUAUAUUCAGGAGUAUUUCUAUACUUUUUCUUUUGUUUCAUCAUGGACCACAAGAUGUAUCUUCUGUCUCUGGGGGUCAUCUUCGGCUUGCUGACGACGUCUUCCUGUAAAAAAUGUCCUGUAGGCUACGCGAAAGGUCGUGGCACAGUAAACUGCAUAGAUUUUGACGAGUGCGAAGACUCCAUGGAUAUCUGUGGCAAGAAUACAACAUGUUUCAAUACCGUGGGCAGCUACUACUGCCAGUGUGUGAGUGGCUUUACAUCGAAAACCAAAAACUUCACUGCCACCACAGGGCAGUGCGAAGAUAUUAACGAGUGUGACGAAAAAACAGAUAUCUGUGGUCAAUAUGCUGACUGCUUCAAUACAAUAGGAUCCUAUUACUGCAUGUGCAAACCAGGAUUCAGCUCCGGCAUCCAUGCCAAAGAGAUGCCAGUGGGCAGUGAAGCCAACUGUGAGGCCAUUGAUGAAUGUGCAGCUAACGGGUCCAUCUGUGGAGCGGGAGGAACUUGCCACAACCAGCCAGGCAGCCAUCGCUGCGAGUGUCACUCUGGAUUCCACAACUAUGGUGACGCCAAGGCGCCUUGUGAAGACAUUGAUGAAUGUGCAACUAACGCGUCCAUCUGUGGAGCGGGAGGGACUUGCCACAACCAGCCAGGCAGCCAUCGCUGCGAGUGUCACUCUGGAUUCCACAACUAUGGUGACGCCAAGGUGCCUUGUGAAGACAUUGAUGAAUGUGCAGCUAACGCGUCCAUCUGUGGAGCGGGAGGGACUUGCCACAACCAGCCAGGCAGCUAUCGCUGCGAGUGUCACUCUGGAUUCCGCAACUAUGGUGACGCCAAGGCACCUUGUGAAGACCUGAACUGUGCCCAGUUCCAGCUCGACAAUGUCACCGAACAGACCCUACCAAAGCUUGCAGAAGGGUUGACAUUCUUCAGAUCCGAAUGCUUGGCAUUGAAUAAUGCAACUAGAGGAGGAGGAAGUGGCGAUAUGCUGUUAGAGAGGUUGCUGUCCAUAAUAGAUGAGCUACUUUCAUCUGGGCCACUGGGUGACAACAACAAGGUGAGCAAACUGCUGGCCCUGACCGAGAACGCCAUCGGCAUGGUUACCCCGCUGCUGAAGGAGCCUCGGACCCAGAUGACAUCCAACGAAUUAGAGGUGGAGAUUCUGGUGAACAGAAGCACAAUGCCGCCCCAAGGUCCAGUCAGCUUGUCAUCCCAGUACACCAGACUGGACACUCACUGGGAGACGGCCGCAGGAGCGAUCGAAAAAUACCCAGGGUUCGCCUUCACCACCCUGCUGAGCUACAACAGCCUGGAGAAAUCCACCAAUGGCUUCUUCCAUGAGAUGGGCAGCAAGAGCCAGGUCAGAGGGUACCAGAUCAUCUCCAAGGUGGUGACGGCCAGCGUUAGCAACAGGAACACUCGAGAACUACGGGAACCAGUCACGUUUGACUUCAGCCACACGCAGUUCGCAGAGAAGGCAGAGCCUGUGUGUGUGUUCUGGAACGCCAGCCUUGGUGGCGGAGGCUGGUCUCCGGCAGGCUGCUUGAUGGUGAAGUCAGACCCCAACCACACCAUCUGCAGCUGCAACCACCUCAGUAGCUUCGCUGUCUUGAUGGCACUCUAUGACAUCGAGGACCCAUUCGAGCUGCAGCUGAUCACGUGGGUGGGCCUGUCCCUGUCGCUGUUCUGCCUGCUGCUCUGCAUCGCCACCUUCUACUUCUGCAAAUCCAUCCAGGGGACCCGCAAAACCAUCCACCUUCACUUCUGCAUCAGCCUCUUCGUCGCCACCCUCGUCUUCCUCGUGGGAAUUUCCAGAACGGAGAACAAGGGUGCCUGUGCCUUCAUAGCGGGCCUUCUCCACUUCUUCUUCCUGUCCGCCUUCUGCUGGAUGUGCCUGGAAGGCGUGCAGCUUUACCGCAUGGUGGUCCGGGUCUUCAACACCACACUGCGGAAGCGCUACUUGCUGGCCGUUGGCUAUGGCAUCCCCGCCGUCAUCGUGGCGAUAUCCGCCUCCGUCAACAUAAAGGGCUACGGGACCGAUCGCUACUGCUGGCUGAGCCUAAAGGACAAUUUCAUCUGGAGCUUCUUCGGCCCUGUCUGUGCCAUCAUCAUUCUGAAUGUCUUUUUCUUCAUCGUCACGGUGUGGAAGUUAGCGGAGAAGUUUUCUAGCCUUAACCCUGACCUCUCCAGUUUACGGAAAAUUAAGACAUUUACAGUCACAGCCAUAGCACAGCUCUGCAUCCUGGGCACCAUGUGGAUCUUUGGCUGCUUCCAGUUCGAGAAGAACACACUGGCGAUGUCCUACCUCUUCACCAUCUUCAGCAGCUUCCAGGGGGUCCUUGUGUUCGUCAUGCACUGCCUCUGCUCCAAGCAGGUACGAGAGGAGUACAGCAGGUUCCUGACCUCCACCUGCAGGCUUCAGAAGUACACAGAGUUCAGCAGUAACAAGUCCAGCAACUCACAGGCCUUAAGAAGCUCAGAUUAUACAGGAGAGUCGAAGAUCUGAGGGAUAUUUAACCACCCCGUGUCACAGUUACGGCUGUUCUCUCACCAGCUUCCCUGCAUCGCUCCGCUUACCCUUGUCUGAGCUCAAAAAACCCUCGUGCCUGGUCUCUGACUGAAGGAUGGUCACAAAAUGGCCACCGUAGAAGUUAUUGGUUUUUUUGUUAAAUGAUCAAGCUCCUUCAGGAGAGAGAACGACCACUAGCAGACGGCCAACUGACCUCAGUGCCGUCCCUCAGCUGGUCGGGUCCACUUUUGAACAAUUAAGAGCAAAGCACUUUGCCGGCGAGCACAUAUCCGCGGUACAGUCCAGUCUGCUGUGGUCAUAAAGCUUCCUUGCCAGGUCUGCACUCUGUGUGGCAAAGUUUAGCACUGUUUGGAAUUAAUCUUUUGAUCGUACGCAAAACAGUUUAGAAGCUGAGUAUGAUUGGUUCAGAGAGAUAACCAAUUAGAUUGUAGAAAAGGUGGGUACACGCAACUAGAGGAGGCAGGACCAAGACAUCUGAUUGGUUGGUCCCGCCUCCUCAAGUUGCUUGGACCCACCUCCCAUGAGCAUCACUCACAGUAAAUUCUGAAAGGAGGAAAGUGAAGGUCUUGUACUUCACUGCAUUUCUAAAAACUGCACACUGUGUACAAUGUUCCCCCACCGUUCAUAUUGCCGCUGUUACACAUGAAAAGAUUCUGAUUCGCUUCUCGGCUAUCUGGAGAUAUUAGCAUCUCUGAAGAGUCUAAAUACGAAUGUUGCCAAGUUUUCUAUCAUUUGACAUUUUUGACAAAUGUUUUUUUGUAGCCAUGCACUUCAUUUCAAGCUAAUUUAUACUGUAUUAUAUUUAAAGAGAUUUCCCAUCAUGUUAA